AUGGAGCAAAAUUUUGUGCAAUAUUUAUUAAUUAAAACUGCGGUAUUUAUCCUUUUAUUUUGGAUAUGUCAUUUUAAGAAUGAUAUGAGAUCCACAUAUGAUAAUUGUAAAUUUAUUAUAAAAUUAGAUGUGAGAUUGUGUCGAAUAAUGGCGGCACAUAAAAAGGAAAAACAUUCAAAUAUUAAAUGUAUAAAGAAGGAAAUAAAAAAUAAUGGAGAAUACAAAAAAAUGGAAUCAUCUAAUACUAAAACGGGAAUCACAGUAAAAAAUAAAAAGUUAGACAAAAUAUAUUAUAAAAAUUUAGUUAGUUAUAUGGCAAAUGCUGAUUUUAAGUAUUUAAGAAAAAGCAUGAAAAAAAAAGUAUUUCAGAUUUGUGUUUUAGGUAGCAUCCAUAUACUACUUGGAAUACUACUAAUUGUUUUAAAAAAAUUAAAAUAUUUAGAUGAUAUAAAAUUAUAUGAUAAAUUACAAUUAUCACAUCUAGGAUUUGUGAUAUUCAUGUGUAUAGUUAUACUAAGUAUGUUUUAUUUUUACAAAAAAUUUCAAACAUAUACAAAGUUAACACGCAUAAAAGAUGAUAUAUAUAAUACGGCAUAUCCUUCUUUCCGUAAAGUAGGCUUUUAUAAAGAUUAA